CACUGCGGCAGCGGGGUUCCUCCCAGAGUCUCCAUGAGGACAAAGGGCGUGCACUCCCCAGCCAGGACGCCCGAGCCUUUCCUCUUGCUGCCACGGUCCAUGCCAAGGCCCCGGGACAUGCAGAAGCUUCCCGAGGGCCCGACCCGCCACCAUGAGGCCCCACCUGCGGGGACUCGCUCACCUGGGCCGCGCUGCUCACUGGCUCCUGCUCUUAGCCGGCUUGCUCUUCCUCCUGUUCACCCUGCCCGCCUUCGUUAAGGAACCGAGUACAAAGCCCACCAGGCAUCACAGGAUAGAGGACAUUAAAGAGAGGUCCUGGCCAUCACUGCAGGAGACCUCGCCCCCGGCGCCCCCCGUGGACAGGAGGGACCCCACCCACGCAGGGUCCCCGCAGGAGAGCAGCACGCUGGACACGCGCCCUGAGGCCACGGGCUACACAGAGGCCAUGGGCCACACGGAGGCCAUGGGCCACACAGAGGCCACGGGCUACACAGAGGCCACGGGCCACACGGAGGCCAUGGGCCACAAGGAGGCCACGGACUACACGGAGGCCACGGGCCACUCGGAGGCCGUGGGCCACACGGAGGCCACGGGCCACAAGGAGGCCACAGGCCACACAGAGGCCAUGGGCCACACGGAGGCCACGGGCCACAAGGAGGCCACGGGCCACUCGGAGGCUGCGGGCCACACGGAGGCCACGGGCUACACGGAGGCCAUGGGCUACACAGAGGCCACAGGCCACACGGAGGCCACGGGCCACUCAGAGGCCACGGGCUACGUCAUGGCCAGAGCGCCCAGCACAGCCAGGACGGCACUGUUCAACAGUCAGGGCACCACGGUGGGCACACCGUCCCCGAGCAGUCAGGCGGGGGGGCCGGCCCCCCCUGGGACGGAGGCACCGGGGGUUCUGAAUGCGAGGACAAGCGAAGGGAGGAGGGACAAGCAUCAGCUGCCGGCAGCCGCAGGGACAGCGCCGGCGCAGCCUCGGGCGCCCACAGCAGGGAUGCCCAUGCUGGAAAGCCGGGCUGAGGUGCUGACCCCCACGGGAGCAGGGUCACCCACGAAGGAAACCAAAGGAGUGACCACAGAGACGGCCGCCCCACGCGCCACCCCUUCCCGGAGCCCCGUCACACAGACCACCCCCAGGCUGCGGGCUGCCAACUUCAAGGCUGAGCCCAAGUGGGACUUUGAGGAACAAUACAGCCUGGACGUGGGGGGCUUGCAGACGACCUGCCCCGACUCCGUGAAGGUGAGAGCCUCCAAGUCGCUCUGGCUCCGGCAUCUCUUCCUGCCCAACCUCACCCUCUUCCUGGACUCCAGACACUUCAACCAGAGCGAGUGGGAGCGCCUGGAGCACUUCGCCCCGCCCUUCGGCUUCAUGGAGCUCAACCGCUCCUUGGUGCAGGAGGUGGUGACCCGCUUCCCUCCGGUGGCCCAGCAGCAGCUGCUCCUGGCCGGCCUCCCCGCCGGGAGCACCCAGUGCGUCAGCUGCGCCGUGGUGGGCAACGGGGGCAUCCUGAACGACUCCCACGUGGGCCAGGAGAUAGACGGCCACGACUACGUGUUCCGACUGAGCGGCGCUGUCACUAAGGGCUACGAGCAGGACGUGGGCACUCGGACAUCUUUCUACGGCUUCACCGCCUUCUCCCUGACGCAGUCGCUGUACCUGCUGGGCAGCCGCGGCUUCCAGCAUGCGCCUCUGGGGAAGGACAUCCGCUACCUGCACUUCCUGGAAGGCACCCGGGACUAUGAGUGGCUGGAGGCGCUGCUCCUGAACCGGACGGUCAAGGAAGGCAGCCUCUUCUGGUUCAGGCACAGGCCCCAGGUCGUCUUCCGCGAGGCCCUGCGGCUGGACCGGUACCUGCUGCUGCACCCGGACCUGCUGCGCUACAUGAAGAACAGGUUCCUGAGGUCGAGGACCCUGGACACGGCCCACUGGAGGAUAUACCGCCCCACCACCGGGGCCCUGCUGCUGCUCACCGCCCUGCAGCUCUGCGACCAGGUGAGCGCCUACGGCUUCAUCACCGAGGGCCACGAGCGCUUCUCCGACCACUACUACGACCGGUCCUGGAAAAAGACGGUCUUUUACACCAACCACGACUUCGCCCUGGAGAGGACGCUCUGGAAGCGGCUGCAUGACGAGGGGAUCAUCCGGCUGUACCAGCGCCCCCUGGCGCCCAAGCGGAAGGUCUGAUGGGCGGGGACGCCCUGAGACGGCCGUGACUGCUUGGGAAGUGCCGAAGGCUCUGUCCCGGGAUGGGGAGGACAGGGCGCCUUUCUUUUCUUUUUUCUCUUUUUUAAUCCUCACCAGAGGGCAUUUCCCGUGGGUUCUUCGGGAGAGUGGGAGAGAGGGAGAGACAGAGAGAAACAUCGAUGUGAGAGAAGCACAUCGGUCGGUUGCCUCCUGCAUGAGCCCUGACCAGGGCCCAGGCCCGGGAGGAGCCUGCAACCGAGGUUCGUGGCUUUUUUAAAAAUAUAUUUUAUUGAUUUUUUACAGAGAGGAAGGGAGAGGGAUAGAGAGUUAGAAACAUCGAUGAGAGAGAAACAUCGAUCAGCUGCCUCCUACACACCCCAAACUGGGGAUGUGCCCACAACCAAGGUACAUGCCCUUGAUCGGAAUCGAACCUGGGACCCUUCAGUCUGCAGGCUGACACUCUAUGCACUGAACCACCCCCGCUAGGGCAGGGCUCCCAUCUUGAGACCGAGGAAUUUUAACUGAACGGGUGACGAGCGGUCAGUGCCACAGAUCUCCGCUGAAAACCACCCUCACUGCGCAAAAGCGAUAUCGGCACAGAGGAAAGACGGAAGUGAUGGAAACACGGAUCCGCGUUUGAAGUCCGAUCUCUUAGCAGCGCUGAAGCCUUGAAGGCAGCUAAUUUCACCCUGGACUGUCCAGGCCAGCGAUUUUCAGCCGGUGCCGCCACAAGAAUUUAUAAAACACCAGUCCCUGGCUUCUCAGUGGCGCACGGACCCUUUCCCCUUAGACCGGCAAAUAAAAACACGACCACAGACAACACUACAGGAGCCAGACAUCUGUCGCGAAUGAAUCACAAUUAUACCUCUU